GUCAGAAUUCGGCACAACACCGGAAGUUCGGAGGUGAGCAGUAUGGCGGAUACAGCAGGUUUUGGUGUAAUAUGAGAAAAGAUGGACAGUGCUGUACCAAGUCAUUUUCCAGCCAUGUUUCCAAACUUGGAGGCUAGUGGAAGUGGCAAAGCGCAGGACGUAAGCCCAGGAUCAGCGGGGCUUCACUGCUUGGACACAGAGCUCCAGAAGAUGCUUAUCGAUGAGCGGAUGCGCUGCGAGAACCACAAGACCAACUACCAGACGCUUAAAGCUGAGCACACAAGACUGCAGGGUGAGUAUACACGGGCCCAGGGUGAGCUCAGAAGGAUGCUGAGUGAGAAGCAGGCUGGUCAGGAGAAACUGCAGCUGUUGCUGGCGGAGCUGAGAGGAGAGUUGUUGGAUAAGACCCGGGAGCUCGAGGAGCUCAGAUUACAGGUGAUGACCCCUCAGCGGCUGGAGUUAUUAAAAGCCCAGGUGCAGCAGGAGAUGGAAGUUCCUAUCAUGGAGCGCUUUAGUAAGCUAGAGGAGGAAGCUGAGAAAUACAGAUCUGAAUACAAUAAGUUGCGCUACGAAUUCACCUUUCUCAAGUCGGAGUUUGAUCACCAGCGAGAGGAACACGAACGCAUUUUGGAGGAGCAGCGAAUACGUCACAGUGCUGAUCUGGCUCUUCUGGAGAGGGAUAAGGAGAAGCUGAGUGCGCAGCUGCAGAGUGGAGACUGUGUGAGUGAUGGGAAGCGUGUGGAAGCGCUGUUGAGAGAAAAGGCACAGCUGCAUCAGCGGCUCUGCAGCCUUGAGGCGGAGGUGGCUGAGCUCCGUGCAGAGAGGGACAGCACAGGAGCACAGGCAGAAAACACGCAACGCAUCCAGCUCCGCCAGCUGGCCGAGUCCCAGGCUGCACUCAAGACCCUGGAGUCAGAGAAGCAGUCUGUGUGCAUGCAGUUAGAGCGAGUGGAGAAGGAGCUGCGCUUGAGCCAUGAGCAGAAUGCUGUGCUCACUGGCAAACUGCACAAGGCUGAGAGGGAAAUUAAUGCCCUGAACAGUCAGGUUGAAGAAAUUAAACAUGCCCAUAGGUUGGAACUGGCUAAUGUGAAGAUGGAGUUUCUGAAAGCCAGAGGAGAAGUGGAAAGGGAACGAGACAAACUGCAAACCCAAGUGGAGAGUCUGCAGUCUGAUCUUGAAGUUUUGACGGCAGCGGGCGAGAGGAACAAAGAGUUGUUGUCGGAAAAAGAGCAGGAAAUGGUGCUUAGGAUACAGGGAGCUAGAGAAGAAGAGAUGCAAAAAAUUGCCGUGCUUCAGGAAGAGAAGUUGGAACUGGAGAAUCGUCUCUCUGAGCUAGAGCAGCUGAGGGCUCUACAGGAAGCUUCAGGAAACUCCAAGAACGAGGAAUCUGAGGGUCGUCUCCGUGCUGCUUUGCUUGGGGAGGAGUCUGCACGCAAAGAGCUGCAGAAUAUCAAAGCUAAACUGCAGCAGCAGGCACAGCAGUUAGAGGAGCUGGAGAGACAAAAGGCAGAGAACACGGAGUUGAGAAGACAUAAUGCAGAGCUAAAUGUGCAAAUCAGCACUCUGUCGUAUUCAGAGCGCGAGCUGAUGGACGCCAGUGGAAGGCUGAGGGAGAGUCUGGAAAGAGUGAGAGAAGAGUUACGAAGUGCUCGUACACAAAUGGAGAGGACUCAGCAGGAAGCGGAAAGGCUGGAAGAGGAGAGACGUGUGGAAUGGUUGGAGGAGAAACAUAAACUUCAGGAAAGAGAGGCAGAGCUGCAGGAGAAAUACAGCCAAGCCAAACAACGCAUGCAAAAAGCUGCACUUGCGCAAAAAAAGAGAAAGACCAUGACUGAGGCUAAGGAGAAGAAACUGCAGGAUAAGUUACAGCUGCUGGAAGCCAAGAUAGAAGAACUGGAAAUUGAGAGUUCUGUGGCCAAGAAAAAUCCCUCAUUUGCAGACGAGCAUGCUCAACUUAGCAGACGUCUAACAGAGCUGCAGAGGAAACACAAGGAGUUUCGCCAGCUGCUGUUGGGAAACCACAUGCCCUCUAUGUCUCUACCUCACUCUCUGCUCACUGCAGGACCUGAAUGCAGCUUCAUAAACCUGCAGGAGGAGCAGCACCUGCGGCAGUUAUCAGGGUUGCAGAGGAGACUGGAGGAGCUGGAGAAUAGUCAGCAGCAGCAGCUGCAGGAACUGACUCCUCCUCUGGAUCGGGAGAGAGAAAAAGACAGACUUUUAUCACCUCAGGACAGCCUGUCUAACCUCUGACCCUUCACCCUUUGCCUAUUUGGGACUAGAGCCGAUCAUAUUGUGCCAAGUUAAAUGUGGGUCCACUUGAAUUUUUUUGAUUCCUACAGGUUUUCAAAACAUAGCUAAAGUCUUCCAUAUCCCUGACCCUGGUCCAAACAAUACCUUAGCUUUGAAACUGAACGUAAUGUCGACUAGGCCAACGUGCAAGAUAAUGAAGGAAUAGUCUUGAGUUAAUGAAAAGGUUUUGCUGCAUUUAGCUAAAGCCACUCUGCAGGCUCAAAAAUAGCUUACCUAAAUUACAUCUGCACCCAUGACUGAUCUUCUCCUAGUUAUAAAUAAAAUGUAAUCAAAGGAGGCGACACGACAAGCAGUUUUUCAUGAACAGUUUCCUCUUGUUAGCAGCCAGUAAACUACUCCAAUAAGUUCGUCUUGCCUCCUACUGUCAGACAGGAAGCAGCGACAUAACCUAAAGGAUUAUAAGGAUUGUGUACAUUUAGAAAAUGAUAGAAUUUAUUGGUGCUACUCCACUAAUUGUUUGAUAGAUAUUAUAUGUAGUUAUAUAUAUGAGCAAUCCUACUGAAAAUAAAUAAAAGAAGUCAAUUCAAGUGAAUGCAAAAAGCAAAGGGAAUUCACCACUUUACAUUUUCGAGAAUAUUAAUGGAGCACUGUUAAUGUGUUUGUUUUAGCAAAGGGGAGAGAUAGACCAUGUCAUGAUAAUUUAAAUGGAAAACAUAAGAACAGUUACCUUCAGUGGGUUACUCAAUCUGAUAAAAAGAGGAAAGAUACAAUUGAAGUACAAUUCAUUCUUUUGCAAGAGAUGCACCUCUUGAUAAAGAACAUGCCAAAUUAAAGAAAAUUCAUCUUCUUACAAAUCAGAGCAUAGGAGAGGAGUGACGAUAUUAUUGCAUAACACAGUGAAUUACUAACAUGUAUCCAAAGUCAGAGACAAAGAAGGUAGAUUUUGUUUUUAUGGUAACAGAGAAAGUAGAAGGAACAUUGGUGUGUUUUGAGUGUGUAUGCCCCGCCAGGCUCUGGCUGGAUUUUUAUCGAGAGGUCUUUGAGUUGAAGGCAGCAAAGGCUGAAGGGAUUUUGAUUUGUGGUGGGGAUAUGAAUAUACUUGAAUAUAUCUGAAUAUAUUUAUUAAUAUAUUUGUGUCCCUUCAUUUGAAUAGAAAGCCAAAGUCUACAACGUGGAGGGUGAAUUCAGAUAUACUUAAUAAUCCCUAGACCCAAGGAAUAGUUAAAGACUGAAAUAAAAAAAUAUAUCGUAAACUGAAUGAUAAUGGUGAAGUGACACUGGCAGUGCUGCGAUGAGGGGUAGAAUCAUAGCCACUGCUUUUCUCAUGAAGAAACUUAUACAACAGAGGCUACAAUAGUUAGAAACCAAAUUGAAGCAAUUGCAGAACAACCAUACUGACAAAAAAAAAAAAAAGAAAUGAGAGAUACAAUAUAGUAUGUACAAGAAUUACAAAAAAGCCGUUUUUAAAGCAGCUGUAUCAUGAACUGAGUGAAAAUUCUUUGAAAAACAUGUCAUACAGACUAUGAAAACAAGAAGAAAUAAGAACAAGUUCAAGGUAAGAAACCCUGAUUCUGGAGCAAUAGAGAAUACUCUUGGAAAAAUUCAUCAGAGUUUUGAAAAAUUCUGUAGAAGACUAUAAUCCCAACCACAGUCUUCAAACUGAGGCGUUUCUAGCCUCACUGGACUUACCCAUUGUCACAGACGAGGAAAACUAAAACUUCUUAUCUGAAAUAAAGUAGAAAUUGCAAACAUCAAUAUCUAGAUUGAAAGUAAGCAAGUCCCCGGGCACAGACGGCUUCACCGCUGAGUGAUACAAAUCACUUAAAGAGAACUUUGCUAAAUGUUUGUAAGUGGAUCGUUAAAAAAAGAAAAAAAUCCACCUUCCUGGGCAGCAAUUAUUUUGGUCAUACCAAAGGAAGUUAAAGAUAAAUUGGAAUGCUGUAACUAUUAGCAUAUUAAAUACUGACUACCAAUUGUUUGCAUCUAUACUGGCAUGAAGAACAGAAAUGCUAUUAUGUAAUCUAAUUAUCUCAGAUCAGACUGGCUUUGUAAGCAUAGGGCAAUAUUAGAAGGUCACUACACAUUAGUAGUCCAAUGACCCAGCAGAGACUAGAAACAGCUUUCUAGAUGCAGAAAGAGCAUUUUUAAACAUGGUGUUGUCAUGAUUUGUUUUUCACAGGGGAAUUAUUGAUAUAUUCCAGGUAUUGUACGAUAAGACAAAGCACACAAAUUAAAAUGAACAGUUGUGAAUCAGACUCCUUCAUUCUGGAAUGGAGUACGAGACAAGGGUAUCCAGCCUCUCCUCUCAUUUUCGCUUUGUUCAUUGAAUCGUUGAGCCAGUGGAUACUGAUGUAUAUUCCGGGGCAGAAAAAACAGGCCAAGACCAAUAUGAAGCUUUUAAUGGUCUUAACAACAAAUCAUUGUUGAGAAAAUGAGCAGGAAUGAAACAGAUGCACUCCUGAGAGCUCCUGUGCCUCCAUUCGCUGGUUUCCUUUUGCUGCAGUGAACUGUUUGUUUGGGGAAAAGCUAGAAACAGGGAAAUUCACUUCUAUAGUCUUCUUGUACGCAAAGGUAAAAUCAUCAUAAUGAUUAAAAUAUUUGAUGUCUAACAUGUCUGGGUGUUCAAAAUUUUCCAAAAAUAUCUUCUGGGAUGUUUUUUUUCUUAAAAGAUUAGUGAUUAUUUGGUUCUCUGCCGCACCUGAUGCAGCCCAUCAAGGGCCACAAGACUUAAACAUUUAAAGAAAUCAAAGAGAAAAGCUCUCGCAUACUAACUUCCUUUAUCUAUUUGUUUCAUUCUUGCUCAUUUCUGACCAAUGAUUUGUUGUUAAGACCAUUAAAAGCUUCAUAUUUUUGCUAUUUUGGGCUUGGGCCUUUUUUUUUUUUUCCCCAGAAGUGUAUUUAUUACAACCCACAAGGUUAAUACUCCUCCUUGUAGAGUAUAGGAUGCUUUCAAGGUACAAGUUCAAUAUUCAGAAGGCCCAAGUCAUUCCUUUCAACCAUGAUCCACCCAGUUAUAUUAGGAAGAAGUACAAUUUCAGUUAGGAUGCCCAAUCAAUCAAAUAUUACGUGUUAAUUUGCCUAAAGAAAUUUCAGGAUUAUUCCCUAUCUGAGCUUGAACUCUUCUGUAGAGUCGAAUCUAUUAAAUAUUCUACCAAAGCUGCUUUAUCUCUUUCAAACCAGUGAAAAAUCACUUAUCCCAUUCACAUACGUGCGCGCAUGUGUGUCUGUCUGUGUCUGUCUGUGUCUGUCUGUCUGUGUGUGUGUGUGUGUGUUUUUUUGUUUUUUUUUUUAAAUUUCUUAGACAAUCCACUAGUGAAAGUGCCAAAUGAACAAUCUGUGUGCAGCAGUAUAUUUACUUCACAUUUGGUGAAGUUCACCUUCUUAGACCUUUAUAACAUGCUCCUUGUUGUCCAUAACAAGCAGCACCUCAAGCAGGCUACUGGGCUUUUUAAAAAGGAAGUUGCUUAUGCACAAAUUUAAAACUUUUGUUUUAUGCAUGCUUUGAUAAACGAGGCCCCUGUUUUACUCAGUCUCAUAGCAAUACUCAAUUUUUAUCACUUCUUAUCUUCCCUACACAAUAUUACACUGUCAUUCCGAAUAUAUUAUCAGACCUGCUAACCUUUAUGCAUUUUGUGUAGGAGUAUGCUUGUAUGACUUGUCACUAAAAAGAUUCACCAAAAGAGCAGUAUUUUUCUCCCCAAUAAAAUUAUAGAUGAGCCAGUCCACAUAUCAAUCUGGAAUGAUUUGCACAGGUGUUUUGAACUCUCUGAUAUGAACUGACACUGCAGGCCCUGCCUCCCUUCCCCCUCAUGUCACAUGCUCUUGACUCAUUCAAGGUAAAUGUGGAAUGUUUAGUUCAUUAACAUAAAAUAUAAUCUAUCAGUGUAUGUUUGACUUCAGUAACAGACUAAUAUAUACAAUAUUUACCAUCCAUUUACUUUAUUUUUAGGGAUGACACCAAAAAAAUUUGGCUGAAAAUUGUCAAAAAAAGAUGUUUUUUUUAAUAAUAACAAUACAUUUCAUUAAACCACUACAUUCAUUAAACCUGUAAUGUUGGAAAUGCUUAUUUUCAUAUCUUUUCUUUUCAAUAUUGUGCAAGCCUAAAAAGACACUAUAUUCGGACAUUGGAAAAUGAACAUUUAGGGAAACUGUGUAGUUUUAAUACUCAUUUUGGGAUGAUUUUGCUCUUCCAAUCAGCUGCUUUUGUUGUGCAAACCUGGCAACCCUGGUUUGCAUAAACUGAAGCCUGUCACUUACUUCAUAAAAGUUUGCAAAGCCACAAAUUCUGUAGGUCAAAAAUCUCUUCAUCCUGAAACAAAAAGAAAUUAGUUUCAAGUGUCUUUAUUGACAAAAUAUUAAAACAUGUUAAAAUAUCCCUAGCAAUUGUUACCUCCAUAUUGUUAACAGUAAAUAUUUGCUGCCAUAAGUUUAUAACAAUUUUGUCACUUCCUCUAAAAUGCACCCACGCACCACCAAAAAGUUCCUUCCAAAAUCCCUUCCACAGCAUUUGAUUUACAGGGUUACCUCCUUGUUGGCAAAAUGAAAUUUUUGGCUUUAGGCAAUCAUCAGUGUUUUUGAUCUGGACAGUUACAGGAAGCCAGUGGAAGGAAUGGAGCAAUAGGGUUGUGUGGGAGAACUUGGGGAGGGUGAGAACAAGUCUAGAAGCUGCAUUUUGAAUCAAUUGCAAGGGAUGCAUGGUGUGCAGAGGUAGUCCUGCCAGGAGAGUGUUGCAGUAGUCCAGUCUUCAUGGACUACUGUGACAACUUCAUUGACUUCUGUGAAUUGAAAUGGCCUCCUGAUCCUUCUGAUGUUGUAGAGGAGAAACCUGAAUGACCAAGUCAGGUUAGGGAUGUGAGAAGGAAAGUUGGUUGUGCAAAUCUACCGCAAGGUUUCAGCCAAUUUCAGAUGGUGUGAUCUGAGAUUACUCAGGGGAUCACAAAAUUUUGAUGUGGAGCUGCAUCACCAGGAACAUAGAGCAGCUCAGUCUUGCUGGGAUUUAGUUUCAGCUGAUGAGCUGACAUCCAUUAUGAGAUGUCUACCAGAUCCGAGCAGAAAUAUGAGUGUCUGAGAGAGGAAAGGAGAGGAUGAGUUGAGUGUCAUCAAGAUAGUAUUGUUAUGAAAACCCAUGUGAGGAUAUGACCUCACUGAAAGAGAAGGAGAGAGAACAAAAGAGGACCCAAGAGGUGUGGAUCCCCUCCACAUCACCUGACAUGACCGUAUUUCCAGGUAAGAAGCAAGCCACCACCACACUGUGCCACGAAUUCCAAGACUCAUGAGGAUGGACAGUAGAGUCUUGUAAUUGACUGUAUAAAAGGCUGCUGAUUGGACAAGAAGGAUGAGGACUGAUUACAGUUUGGCUGAUCUAGUGGCAUGAAGCUACAAGGGCAGUUUCUGUAGAGUAUGCUACUUUGAAGCCAGAUUAUUUAGAAUCUUGGAGUGUCCUUCAUGAUAGGAACAACCCUUGCUAUCAUGAAGGCAGUUGGUCCAUGACAAGAUGUUAGGGGAGGAGGCUUGGUGCGAUGUUUAUGGCCUACUUGUCUACUUACUUCUCUAAGCUCCACGCACCCAGUGAAGCAGACAGGCCAUGGCAGGACAGCACCUUACUAGCUGGGAGCUGCCCAGCUUGGGCAGGUUGUAGGCACCCAAUGAGAUGCGGUGACCUCUCCCAUCAUCAGAAGUGACCCCGGCAACUGUUUGCUAUGCCAAUCAGAUGAGUUUAUCACCAGUAACUGCCACUUCCUAUGUUGUGCUGACAUCUUGCUACAUCACUGGAGUGUUCUCUCCUGUGGAGCAACAAAGCCUGGGCAAGGUACUAUGGAGAAUCAGCCGUUGUCCAUGCAGCAGACACCCCCUACAUACAGCUGGUGGAUCCAAGGGAACGACGGAUUCCGAUACCACUUGGCACCAGCGGCAUCGCAGGAGCUGCCAGAAGAACAUGUCAAACCACCUUUAGGGACUCUUGUUUUCGGGGUUGACUAGUAGGUAUUGCCACCAGGCAGUAGAGGUUUGAAAUCUGAGUUUACCUUUUCUUUGAUGAGCGACCAUCCCAGGUUAACGAGCCCCAUCUGCUCGAAGCAGCUAGUUUUAAGGCACCAGUCGCCUUCACCCCUUCUCCUGUCCAAAACAUCAAACCUUCAGGUGGAUGGGCUACAAUAACAGAAGACAAGAUUGGGUUCCACUCCUGUCAGCCAAGAACAGGAAUCUCACUCUUUACAAACCUAAUGAGCAGAAAAGCAUCUCUGAAUGCACAACCACUUGAAACUGAGGCUAUCAUGGGCACAGGCUCUCUGAAACAGGACAGUUGGAG